AUGUCAUUAGCGAAUUCGUUAACCCACUACGAAAUUUUAAGAAUUCCAUCGGACGCAACGCAAGAAGAGAUCAAAAAGGCAUAUAGGAAUCGGUUACUAAAUACCCAUCCCGAUAAGCUUACUAAAAAUGUACACGAUAACGUCAACAGCGUCACAAUAAAUAAGAUUCAGGAUGCUUAUAAAAUACUGUCCAAUAAAAAAACCCGUGGUGAAUAUGAUAGGCUGAUCCUUGAAAACUAUAAACUCCAAGGAUUUCACAAUUGUGGUGAUGGGCUGGAUGAAUUUUCCUUAGACGAUUUCUCGUUUGAUGAAGAUAAGCUUGAAUUCAUGAUGAAUUGUCCUCGCUGUCAGUUUGCAGAUGGCUUUCAUUUUAGUGAAAGUUUGUUAGGUGAAUGCAUCGACAACGUAAAUGUUGCUGAACAAAAUCAUUCCGGAUAUCAAUUAUUGACUCAAUGUAGCGCAUGCAGUUUAUGGCUGAAGGUUAAUUUUGAGGUCGAGGAAGAGUAA